UCAAGAUAUCACAGUUUUAAUUGCCACGUGUCAUUCUUGAUGGAUCGUAAAUUGACAGUUGGCUUCUAAAUGCAUUGCCACGUGUCCGACAAAAACCUUGGACACAAGAAAUGUCAUGGAGUUCAGAGUUUAGACUCAGAGAGAGUGAAGUGAAGAAGCUGAAAAGAAAAGACGAAGAAGAAGACAAAGAGGGUAUUGUGAAUGUUGUUAAUGCUAAAAAUAGGUGGCAGGAUUCUUAUUGUGGACGGUCUCAACAGAAAACCGCUAACUUUUGUGUUUCUUUUUUGUUUUUAGAAAUUCUGAUAACGCACGAAUAGCUGUUUUUUUAUUUUUUUAAAUAAAAAUAUAUAAUUUUUAAUUUGCUGUCCUUACUUUGUUUGAAUUCUCUAUUGGAGGCAUUAUUUUUGGGUUUAGCAAUUUCGGGAGGGGUUUUCCGAAGUUUUAUGGAAUUGGAAGCUUUAACUUCUCACCCAAUCAGAAGUGACGUCGUUUUUUAUCCUCCUUCUCCAACGUUUACGGUCAUUGACCCUUUUCUGCCGCCGCCGCCGCCACCACGACCACCACCCUCCGGGGGGCUGCUUGCAUUCCCUCUGAACCCAUCUCUGUUCUUCACAAUGGAUAACCAAAGGUCUAUGUCUCUGCUUCAGUUCAUUGCUGAUGAAGGACUUGUUCCCUCGCCAGAAGAGGAAGAGAAAAGGAAACAUGUUAUUCAGAAGCUCAAACAGAUAGUCUCAUCAUGGAUCAAGAAGGUUGCGUGGCAGCGUCGACUACCAAAGCACCAGAUUGCUGUUACUUCUGCCACCAUAUUGACAUUUGGAUCUUAUGGCCUUGGAGUUCACAGCUCCGAGUCUGACAUUGAUGCUUUGUGCAUUGCUCCUUUCUUUGCCUCCAUUGCAGACGAUUUUUUUGUUGUGAUGCUCAACAUGCUCGAAAAGAGACCUGAAGUAUCAGAGAUUCACUGUGUAAAGAGUGCAAAAGUUCCUCUAAUGCGAUUUAAAUUUGAUGGGAUUUCCGUUGAUCUUCCAUUCGCUAGACUUAAAGUACUAUACGUUCCUCAGAAUGUUGACAUACUAAACCCAUUCUUCAUGAGGAAUAUUAACGAUGCCAGUUGGAAAAGCUUGUCUGGUGUACGUGCAAACAAACGCAUUCUUCAGCUAGUUCCAAAUGUUGAGAAUUAUCAAUCCGUGCUACGAUGUCUCAAAUUAUGGGCGAAAAGACGAGGAGUGUAUGGAACUUUACUUGGUUAUUUGGGAGGAAUUCAUUUGGCGGUUCUUGCAGCUUAUGUUUGUCAAAGACAUCCUGAUGCCACCUUAAAUGGUGUAAUUGUGAAUUUUUUUCGAACAUUUGCAUUUUGGCCCUGGCCUACACCAGUGAUGCUGCAGGAAGGAAUGUUACCAACAGCUGAAGAUGCUAUGGAAAUACGGUCCUUCAUGCCUAUUCGGCUGCCAGCUAGCCCUUAUGAGUAUGUCCAUUCAAAUGUAACUAAAAGCACAUUCUACCGGAUCAGGUCUGAGUUUUUACGGGCACAUAAUAUGACGAGGGAUCUUUUGAAGCCAGAUUUCACUUGGGAUAAUGUAUUUGAGCCUUUUCCAUACUCAAAAAGAUAUUCCCAAUUUGUCAAGAUUUACCUGUCUACUCCUGAUCAAUGUGAGCUUGGAGACUGGGUUGGUUGGGUCAAGUCACGCUUUCGUGGUCUUCUUCUCAUUCUGGAGGGGGUCCAAGGUUUUUGUGACCCUAACCCUACAGAAUAUGUUGACAAUGAGAAAACAGAACCAAAUGUGGUUUUCUACUGGGGCUUGCAACCAGGCAAGAAUAACUUUGUGGACAUAGAUUUGGUAGAGGGAGAGUUCAUGAAGAUUGUGAGCAAUGGCCGUGAAGGUUCUUCUGGGAGGAUGGAGUUGUCUACCCUGUUAGCUUCUGAGCUACCUAAGAAUGUUCAGUUUGAUGAUGGGAAUGUUAAGGGUAGAAAACAUUGCUGGAAAAUAAUUGAUUGUGAUGAGAAAAGAAGCCAAGUCUACUCACAGCAUCUUUCACAUUGCCUUGUUGGCCAUGUGGCACCUAGUGGUGAAGCUGAGUGCCUAAGUUCUGGUGGCUAGAUAUGUUUUCUAAUUUAUCUGCCAGCUUCAUGUAUGCACUAUAGCCCUGUAUUUUUUUUUUUUUUUUCUUCUUCUCCCAUUCUGUAUUCUGAUUCUAGAUUCAGUAGGAGCAUAGGUUACACAGGAUCACUUGAAUGAGUAGUCUCUACUCGUGCAAUAGGAAAAAAAGAAAAGUUUGCCUUUCAAACAAUAGUGUUAGACAAAAGGAAUGGUUAGUUGGAACUUGGAAAGUUACAUCUUGUUCUGACAAUAUUUUAAGGUAAAUGAUACUAGCUCAGCAAAGACAUACACACAAUUUUGACACGUGUGUUGGUGUCAAUGAUGUUUACUAUUGUACGCAAUUUAUAUAAUGGGAAAGCUCAGAGAAACAGAAACAAG